AUGUCACGAAACGUCUGCAUCACCGCCGUAGACGGCAACACCGGCUUUCUCAUCGCCGAACUAAUCCUCAAACACCGCGACUUCUCCCGCAAAGUCAACUCCGUCAUCGGUCUAACCCUACACCCCGACUCCCCAAAAGCAAAAGAACUCCAAGACCUCGGCGCCAAAAUCGUCACCCACGAGCCCGGCCGUCUCCGGGUAAUGGCCAAAACCCUACAAGACACUGGCUGCGACACCAUCUGUCUCGUUCCCCCUGCUCAUGAGCAUAAGCUUGAGAUCAGUGAGGAGCUCGUUCAUGCAGCGAAGAAGGCGGAUGUUCCGAAUGUGCUGCUUAUUAGUUCGGCGGGGUGUGAUUAUGCAGAGAGGGGAAAGCAGCCGCGUUUGAGGGAGUUUAUUGAUUUAGAGACGCUGGUCAUGGAGGCUAAGGGGGAUCCGAAUGUUUCGACGGGGACGUCGCCUUGUAUUAUUCGGGCUGGGUUUUAUGCCGAGAAUCUUUUACUGUAUGCGCAGCAAGCUAAGUCGGAGGGUCUUCUUCCACUUCCAAUUGGCGAAUCCCACAAGUUCGCGCCUGUUGCACUUGGUGACGUUGCUCAAGUCGCAGCUCAUGUUUUGACUGGCAAGGGCAAGCAUGGCUUCGAUGACCGUCACCGUGGGCAAAUGAUGGUCGUAACCGGCCCCAUGCUCUGCGCAGGCAAAGAGCUCGCAGCCGCUGCUAGCAAAGCUCUUGGCGCCGAACUUCAGUUCGAGAACAUCUCUCAUGCCGAAGCCAAGAGAGUUCUCAAGUCCCAGUCUGAGAUCGACCCAUCCGAGCAGCAGUAUCUUCUCGAGUACUAUAGCCUCGUCAAGGAGGGCAAAACCAAUUACAUCUCAACCACUGCUUUCCACGAUGUGACUGGCGAGCAUCCUACCGAGCCGGAGAACUUCUUCAAAAUCUACGAGGGGGAAAUGAGGCCUAAGAAGAAGGCUAAGCAUGAGCAUAAGUGA